AUGCCGGGACUGAUGUUGCUGCGCAAAAAGUAUGGUUCGAGCAAACCGUUGAAAGGAGCACGGAUCGCUGGGUGCCUACACAUGACAGUGCAAACUGCCGUACUUAUUGAAACGCUUUUGGAACUUGGAGCAUCAGUUCAGUGGUCUUCGUCCAAUAUCUUCAGUACGCAAGAUAAUGCCGCUGCCGCAAUGGCGAAAGCUGGCGUUGCAGUUUAUGCUUGGAAAGGAGAAACCGAUGAGGAGUAUGUUUGGUGCAUAGAACAGACUUUGUUCUUCCCCGAUGGCAAACCCUUGAACCUCAUUCUGGAUGAUGGUGGUGACCUCACGAACUUGGUGCAUGAUAAAUAUCCGGAGCUGUUGGAGGGUAUCAAAGGCAUAUCCGAGGAGACUACUACUGGUAUCCAUAACCUAUACAGAAUGUUUCGCAAAAACGAACUGAAAUGUCCUGCCAUUAAUGUCAAUGAUUCGGUGACCAAGCAGAGCAAAUUCGAUAACCUAUACGGCUGUCGCGAGUCUCUCGUUGAUGGAAUCAAACGCGCUACCGAUGUUAUGUUGGCGGGAAAGGUUGCCUUUGUGGCCGGCUUUGGGGACGUGGGGAAGGGCUGCUGCCAGUCUCUGCGUUCCUACGGCGCGCGAGUUUUGGUUGCCGAAAUCGACCCGAUAAACGCACUUCAGGUAUGUUGUCCUUCCCAGGUUGCGUGUGCAAAGUUUGUCCUCAUCGCACCUUUUGCCAGUUAUGCGAGAUGCGUGUAA